CUCUCCGUCUAGUAGCUAACGAAGCUUCUCUCGUCAGUCUCUCGUGCACGCUGCAAGCACGUGCACGGCCGGCUUCGGGCUUCUCCAAAACGCUUAUAUACGUACGAGCACUCGCGUAGCCUUCUAGCAACCUUGUCUUCCCAAACGAGGUUCUCCCUCCCGUCGGCAAGGCUGGCAUUCUAUUCCUCGCUAGCUUGCCUUGCCACGCGCAUAUCACAUUUGCCAUUGCUAGCUAGCUUAGACAGCAAUGGCGCCAUUGCCUUGUACCGAGAAGCUCCGCUGCUUGUGGGCGCCGCUUCUUCUAUGGCUGGCGUUCCUCCUCCUGGCCGUUGAACUGGGCACGGCGGACAUCUACAAGGACAUCGAGCUCGUGUGGGGCGCGAGCCGCACCUACUUCUUCAUGGACGGCGACAGCGAGUCGCUGGCGCUGUCCCUCGACAAGUCCACGGGCUCCUGCUUCAAGUCCAAGGCCAUGUACCUCUACGCCCAAAUCGACCUCGACAUCAAGCUCAUCGAGGGCGACUCCGCCGGCACCGUCUGCACCGUCUACACGAUCUCGGAAGGGCCGUGGGAGAUCCACGACGAGAUCGACCUGGAGUUCCUCGGCAACGCCACCGGCGAGCCUUACACGCUCCACACCAACGUCUUCGCCAACGGCGUCGGCGGCCGCGAGCAGCAGUUCCAGCUCUGGUUCGACCCCAGCGCCGACUACCACACCUACUCCAUCAUCUGGAACCCCAAGCACAUCCUGAUCCAGGUGGACGGGGUGACGAUCAGGGACUUCAAGAACAACGAGGCGCACGGGGUGGCGUUCCCAAAGUGGCAGCAGAUGAGGGUGUACGGGAGCCUGUGGAACGCGGACGACUGGGCGACGCAGGGCGGGCGUGUCAAGACGGACUGGUCCAAGUCGCCUUUUGUCUCCUACUACCGCAACUACAACGUCACCUGGUGCCAGCCGUCGGCCGGCGUGGACUGGUGCGGCAACGAGCCGGCCGGGUCCAGGCACUUCGACCUGGACCAGAAGGCGAUGUCCGACCUGGCCUGGGUCAGGCAGAGGUACAUGACCUACAACUACUGCUCCGAUUACGACAGGUUCAACGCGUCCACGCUCCCCAAAGAGUGCUCGCUGCCGUGAAGAUGUAAUAAGAUUGGAGCCAUAGCCUCAUAAUAGGACAUUGCAUCGAUCGGUCGAAUGUUGAGUUCGAUCCAUUGGUUAUUUUUGUACAUCGGAAGAAACAGGUACGGGCUUGCGUAUGAUUCUUUCAUUGGAUUAUUUCUGAUGAUUCUGGCUGGGCUGAUCUGUCUGGCCUCCCCUUCCUUCUCGGACCAGUUGUAUGAUUGUAUCAAGAUUUUGGUAGGACAGACACACAGAGCGAAAUUUUCUUUU